AUGGCGGGCGUAGGAAUGGAGGAAGUACGGAGAGUUAUGAAGAUUCCGGAAAGCGUAAGAAAUGUGGCUGUAAUAGGCGGGACCGAUAGUGGUAUGGUACCGCUAAUGAAUGGUCUCAAUAGAAAGGCCGGCCCGAAUUUGACCGCUGAAGAGAGUGGCCGGUGUAGAAAGUAUGACGUGGACCCUAUGGCAGCCAAUCUAACCUGCCUUUACCACACGUGCGCUCCGGCCGAUCUCCCAGGUAUGGAAGCUGUGGAGGGCAAUACUGACUUUGUGAUUAACAUUUUGGACACACCCGGAAGUGUGGAUUUCUCAGCGGAAGUGGAUACUACCUUACGAAUGAUGGACGGAGCCGUGGUAAUGGUUGACUGUAUUUCCGGUGUAACACUGGAUACUAAACUAGUUCUUAAACAGUCCAUCCGGGAGAGGGUCAAACCAGUCCUAUUCGUAAACAAUAUUGACCGCGCUAUCAUGGAGCAUAAACUUUCGCAGGAAGAUUUGUACCAGACAAUCCACAGUGUCGUAGAGGCUGCCAAGGGUGUCAUGGCAACGUACAGCGACGAGUCUGGACCAAUGGGAAGCGUCCAAUUUUCACCGGUCAAAGGUAACGUGUUGUUUGGAUCUGCAUCACAAAGCUGGGGGGUUACUCUCGGGGAAAUAGCAGCGAAGCAGGCGGAGAAGUUAAAAGUGGCACCUAGUGUGCUUCUCAGUAAGCUGUGGGGCGAUAACUUCUAUAACUCGUCACAAAAGAAGUGGAAGAAUGAACCAAGUAAAGAUUACAUCCGGGCGUUCAACCUCUUUGUCCUUGACCCAAUUUUUAAGUUGUUUGAAGCAUCCGGAAAUGUUCAGGGAAGCGCGCUACCUGAUUUGAUCGAGAAUCUAGGUGUGCAGAUGAGUUUGGACAACAACGAGACAAACACGAGAACAAAUGUUCAAGAAAUGAUGUGUCAAUGGCUACCGAUAUCAAACUCCCUGUUGACAAUGAUCGUUAUUCAUCUCCCUUCACCGCAAACAUCUCAGCGAUACAGAUCCGAACUGCUAGUCAGUCGUAAGACAGACGCAGUCGGCACUUCCGCUGUUAAAACAUGUGACCCUUCAGGUCCAUUGAUCAUGUACGUAACAAAAUGGUACCAGAUCGGAGAAACAAAUACAUUGUACGCGAUCGGUCGUGUGUUUUCUGGGUCGAUCGUGUCCGGAUCGGAAAUAAAAGAAUCUCAACGAAAAACCAAAAUAAGUGAAACCUCAAUUGUAAUUGGGGACAAAAUAUGUCCAGUACCGGAAGUCAUCUGUGGUAACUUGUGUGCAAUACGUGGCGUUGAACAGAUGAUCGCCAAGAUGGGGGUAGUGACGUCACACAGCAGCCCGGUUGUGUUUACCGAUAUUAGACAUAGUGUCAGCCCAGUUGUUCAACUGGACAUUGAUCAAAAAAAUCCAGGAGAUGCUCCUAACCUUUUGAUCGAAAUCAAGAGACUUAUGAAGCUGCAUCCGGUACUAGAAUGCUCGAUAGCGGCGUCCGGCCUUCACAUUCUCACUGGUACUAGCGAGCAUCUCAUGCUGAGGUGCAAGUCCUACCUGGAAAAACAGAUGGUUUUGAAACCAACUAAACUGCACGUGGCUUACCGGGAAACCGUUACAGAGGAACCGGAAAUGUUGUGUACUGCAGUUUGCCCGAACAAUAAGAAAAACGAAAUCUCCAUCAAGACAAAACCUCUGCCGAAUGGUCUAUGUGAAUGUAUUGAGGAGGGAUUUAUUUCAGCCGACCAGGAUCCUGAAGCAAGGGCUGAAUACCUCGCGAAAAACUUUGGAUAUGAUGUCAGUGAGGCCGACAGACUAUGGUCUUUUGGUCCUGGUAGUUCUGGCUUGAAUUUGCUGUACUACAUUUCUAAACAGGUUCGCGACCAAGGGCACAUUAAGGACAGCAUUAUAUCCGGUUUCCAGUGGGCCGCUCGGGAAGGUAUUUUAUGUGAAGAGAGCAUGCGGGGUGUCAGGAUCGAAGUGCGCUAUGCAAAAUGGCAGCUCGCGGACGAUUCGGACGUUGUUGUAGCGAUCCGCCGAGCGAUACAAGGCAGUAUCAUUGCGUCUGUUCCACGUCUAAUGGAGGCUCUGUUCCGCGUGGAGGUCAUCUGCUCUCACCAGGCCACGCGCACUGUCAGGGAGACGUUUACGAAUAGACAGGGGAGAUUACUCGAGGAACGACGAUUGGGACGCACCCCAAUGUCGGUUGUUUGCUGUUUCCUUCCCGGUGAAAAGUGUUUAGGAAUCAGUGGUGAGCUGGGCAGUUCCGCUAAGCGUGUCGAAGUUGCAUUUGACCAUUGGGAACUAAUGAACAGUGACCCUCUUGAUCCUGAAUCGGCGGCUGCACUUGUUGCCAUGGAAACGAGGGCAAGAAAGGGACUGCCUUCUGAUAUUCCCGGAUCACACGCAAGUUCCGCAUGA